AUGUCGGAACAUGAAAAGACGAGGGAGGAGGCGGCGAUGGAGUAUCAGCCGUCCCAGAUCACGGGACAGCUCAAGGCCAUAGGAGCGGUCCUGCCCGAAGCUGCGAACGCAUCCGGAUGGGCCGAAGCGGGCGAAGAGCUGCAGCAUUCGGGGCAUAGCGAGGUACUGGACGCGAAGCGGCGUCAGGCGGCAGAGGCUGUCGUAGAUUCCGCAACGGCCAAGGUGAAAUCCGGCUUCGGCUAUAUCACAGGGGAUCAAUCCAUGCAAUCACGCGGCAACACCGAGGCCGAGUCCGCACAAUGGAAGUACAAGCAGGGGACCUCGGACAGUACCCUCGCGGUACCGGUGCCGAGCGUGGAGGGGGUCAAGGGGAAAGUGGAGAGUGUGGUGGGGAUGGUGACGGGCGAUCAGGGGAAGCAGAUGGAGGGGAAUCAGAGGGCCGAGAAGGCGGCUUGGAAGGAUGGGGUUUGA